UCAGAGGAGAGCAGAAAAACCAGGAUGGAGAAAAUUCUUCUUUACAUCACAGUUCCAUCAGUGAUGUUUGCCGUCUCCACACUGGCUAACAUCCAGUACCACUUCAUUUAUGAGCCGAGGAGCUGGAGCGACGCUCAGAGUUACUGCAGGAAGGUCUACACAGACCUGGUGACUGCAGACAGCGCCGAGAUCAUGACCAAACUGAGGGACUCGGUCGACUGGAACAAACUGGGCUCCCAGACUAAUGCCUGGAUUGGUCUGUAUGAGGAUGUGAACAGCUGGAGAUGGUCCCUGUCUGACGAGGCUUUCUACCAGGACUACGGGACUCUGUACAGAAACUGGCCGACUGGACAACCGGACAACAAUGGAGGAUCCGGAGAGAGCUGUUUGGAGAUGACAGGAAGUGGCGAAUGGAACGACAUUGGCUGUGAUCAGUUGCGUAAACCAAUCUGCUCUUCCGUCAGUGGGCAGACGGCAACGUUUACUGUUGUUAACUCCUUAAUGACCUGGACUCAGGCUCAGAGCCACUGCAGAAGCCACUACACUGACCUGGCCAGCGUGAAAAGCUCCACUGACAACGACAACAUAAAGGCAAUUAAACCCGCAGAGGAAGCCGUUUGGCUCGGGCUAUUCAGAGACCAGUGGAAGUGGUCCAAUGGAUCCCUGUUGGCAUACACUUACUGGAUGUCCGGAGAACCCAAUGGUCCCACUGAGAGCUGUGCAGCCACCCACUUCGACCAGUCUGGAGUCUGGGUGGACUGGGAAUGUCGUGAGGCUAAAGCUUUCAUCUGCUUCCAUGAAGUUCCUUCUUCAAACCAUGUGGUGAAGAUAAAGCUGGCGGGGAGCUCCACUGUGAACCUGCAGGAUGCCGCUGUGCAGGAAGGCCUGCUGAACCAGUUGAAAGAGAAGCUGAAGAUGCAGGGAGUGACUGCAGACAUCAGACUGGGCUGGAAGCGGCGGCGGGAUGGAAACGUCUUCUACCAGGAGAAGCAGGACGACCAGAAGUGAAGCUUGGAGACGGUGGAAAGAAAGUCUGGUUCAAUAAGAACCCAAAACAAUUUUUCAGUGCAAAUUAGAUAUUAUCUACGUAUAGAUGACUUUAUGCAUGGUUACAGGGAUUAUAGGUACCAGCUUCAUCUGAUACCUGCUCAUGUUUAUCUAUUUAUAGAAAUGGCCAAAACACAGUCACAUGGUGUUUCAUCCACACGACUUUCCAA